UGCCGGCAGAGCCCCAGUUACAGCCAGUAUUUAUUUGCUUUCUUGAUAAGAAAAACCUGAUUUUGCAAGCCUGUAUAUGGGAGCACCUCUCGUCACACGAAUAGCACCGCAGAUGAGCUCUGCAAGCUUUGACAAGGACAAUCCCCCGGUAAAGCCCAUGGGGCAAGACUGCAGUUGCAAAAUCCGGACGGCCACCCAGACCCCCAGCAUCUGGAGGCUGCAAAGAAAUCAGGAGCCCUGACACGUUUCCCAAGGCGCUGUUUCCGGAUGGCCACAGCGAGCAGCACUUCGGGCGGGCACACGGAGCGUUCGCGGCUCUCCGGGCGCUCCCGCGGCCCCGCCCGGCCCCGCCCACAGCGCGGGCAGAAAUCCGCGGCUGCCGCGGGGAGAGGCUCGAGCAGAGCAGGGGGUCGGCUGGUCUGUCUGCACCUUCCCCUUGCCCGUCCCCGUGGGGGCAGUGCCGGAGAGGAGAGUGGGGCUCCCUGGAGCGGAGGCUGUCGGGGCUGAGGAGCUGCAGUAGCGCCGGAGCGCUUUGGUUACUCUGACGCCUGUGAGUGCUCAAAGUGUGGAUGAGCAGCCUUUUUGAAAAGUGUAUUUGCUUAAUAGGAUAUCUGCAGCAGACAAGCUUCCUGGAUACCAUAAAAGUUCAUACUGUUACAUGCAAGCCAAAUAGAAGAGAUUAUAAUGUAAUAGUAGUUGUUGUACUGCAAGUAGAGAGCCAAUGGCAAUUUUACUCAGACUUGGUCGUUGUAACAGAAGGACUGACUGUAAGAUGGAGCUAUCUGGUCUUGCUGUUGCUGUUUGGAUGUUUGUUUGCUUCUGUGCACCUGUGGGUGGCUAUCCAAAUGGAAAAGUAAGAGCAGCCUGCACUAGCAUGGUACCCUGCCAUGGUGGCUCUCCACAGCUGUCACCUGAGCACACCAUCACAGUGAACGGGACUGAAUUUAAACCAGGGGACAACAUAGAAGUUAGUCUGUCUGGACCAGAUUUUGAAGGAUUUUUCAUACAAGCCCGGGAUGCAGAACACCUGGAUGGCCCUGCAGUUGGUUCUUUCAUGUUAGUUGACCGGAGACUUUCUCAGCUUCUGACGUGUGGUCUUACCAAGAAUUCAUCCGUCAGUCAGACAAGUAAAACAAAAAAGAAACACAUGAAAGUUUAUUGGAUUGCUCCUGGAGAUGCACCAAAACACGUACAGUUUCUAGCCACAGUUGUCAAGAAAUACAGGACUUUCUGGGUGAAGAUUCCGGGUCCCAUUGUUUCUCAACCUGAUGUGCUGUCCCCAACAACACCUUUGCAUGCAACUUCAGAGGCUGUGUCAACUUCAUACCCAGUUUCCCACUUAUCAAAGCCGUUUAGUGCCUCAGGCUGUGGAAUUAUGAAGUUCUGCAUUAGGAACCCUUCAAACUGUGAUCCUGAAAGUGCUUCCUGUUUUUUUCUAUCCUUCCAAAAAGAAGAGAGUUCAGUAUUUAUUGAAAUGAGUGGUCCAAGUGAAGGCUAUUUAGCAUUUGCAUUGUCCCAUGACCAGUGGAUGGGUGGUGAUGAUGCAUAUCUGUGCAUAAAUGAGGACCGCCGUGUUCACGUGAGCACUGCCCAUCUGACGGGACGAAGUCGUCCUCUCUUGGAUUCGGAGAAUGCCCUUGAAGAUGUGUCAUGGAGGCUUGUGGAUGGUGUUCUUCAAUGUUCUUUCAGAAGGAGUAUUCAUCUUCCUGCAUAUAAAGAGAGAUUUAAUCUGGAUGCCAGUUACUACAUCUUUCUGGCAGAUGGGGAAUCUAGUGAAGGUGGACUAAUAUACAAACAUCGUCGUCAGCCCCUGAUCACCGACAGACUGUACAAUGUCACGGGUCCUCCUCGGGAUAUUGGAGGCUCCCGGUCCCCACGACUUAUCAAGGCUCAUGGAGCUCUAAUGUUUGUUGCUUGGAUUACCACAGUUAGUAUUGGUGUUAUUGUUGCACGAUUCUUCAAACCUGUUUGGGCUCAUUCAUUCCUGUUUGGAAAGGAGAUGUGGUUUCAGGUGCAUCGUAUGCUUAUGUUGACCACAGUCUUGCUUACAAGCAUUUCUUUUGUGUUGCCUUUCAUUUACCGAGGAGGUUGGAGCCAACAAGCAGGUUUUCAUCCCUAUCUUGGCUGUGCUGUGAUGGCUUUGACGAUCUUUCAACCACUCAUGGCAGGUUUCAGACCAUCUCGUCAUGCCCCAAGGAGGCAAUUGUUUAACUGGUUUCACUGGAGUACUGGCACAACAGCUAGAAUAUUAGCUGUGGUGACUAUGUUCUUGGGAAUGGAUCUACCAGCCCUUGACCUGCCAGACACAUGGGACACCUAUACAAUGAUUGGCUUCGUAGCUUGGCAUGUUGGUAUUGAUGUUCUUCUGGAAAUACACAGCUAUUGUCUCAUACGUAAAGUUGAAGUGAUAGAGGAUGACAGAGUACAGAUACUGCAGUCACUAACAUCUGCAGAAGCAGAGGGUCAUCUGUUUAAACAGGUUGUGUUAACCAUCUAUGUCUGUGGAAAUAUAGUAUUCCUUGUUGCCUUUCUGAUAGCAGUCAACAAAAUAUGAAAUAAGUAAUGGAAAAUUUUGUGAUGAAAUACUGUGCAGUCAAAAAAUAUGAAAAAAAUGGUUUCUAUUACAACUUUUCUCUCAACACCUCCCUGAAGAUGUAAUGGAAGAAAAAUAGCACCUGUGUGUCAUGCUUGGUGUUAGGGAGAUCUGAAAUUCAAAUCUAUAGAAGGAUGCUGCAGUCCUACAAAAGCUGUCUUCUAGCAGGACUUUUAAUGGGAAUUUUUGCCUGAGUAAGGAAUGAAGUUUUUUUUUUUUUUUUAAGCACAGUAGUUAACUUGAUUGAAGCUUAUAGUUUAAGAAGACUGAGAAGAUGUGCUGAAAGUGUUUUGAUCAUCAAUUCCCUAAACCUUUUGUAAAUAUCACUGGGGAAUCUGGAAAGAUUGAUCUGGAUUUUGUCGUAUCUGUUCACUGUGUGGUAUGUGAUGUGACUACUUCCUGCUUGUGAUAGUUUUGUGCAUUAAAAAAACCCCAAAACCAAAAUACAGAACUUAGUGAAAAAAUGUCACAAACUCAGAUUGAGGCAUGAACUAAAUACACAACAGUUAAAAGCAAGAAAUGCUCUCUGUGCUCUAAGAGCAGUAUACUUACAUGACAAACAUAGCAGCGUGGGAACUUCAGUCCUUUAGUAAAACUACCAUCUGCCUCAUUCAGAAUACUUUUCCAUCUCACCCCCCUCAGUGCUUCUAAACCAUAAAGAGAAAGCAUUUGCAACAUAAGUGUAUUAAACCCAGUUGUACUUAUCCAAAACUCAAACAGGAAGAACCUCUCUUUGUGUAUGGAUUUCUGUGUUUUAUUGUCCCUGGUUGCUUGUGGCUUCUGAAUUACUUUUCUGUGUGAGUACGAUGCCAAUUGAUGCUUAAAUGGAAGUGAAAAUGCUUGCUCAGGAAUGUUGCAGUUGUAUUUGUGCUAUUGAGUGAAAUGUGGAUUAGGAGUUAGGAUGACUUAAGGAAAAGCAGCUUCUGUUAAUGUUGAGAGUCGCUUAGCUGCCAUAUCUAGAAGACGAAACUAAAAGAAUUCUAUAACAAUUCUAUUUUUUAAGAGUAGGGGAGGGCAUUUUUUUUAGUCAAAAGGUUUAUCUAAGUAUAUGAACUAGGUACAGAGAACAGAAAGAGACUAUAUUGUUUAACCUUUUUGGUUCAUGGUUUGCCUAAGUAUGGAAGGACACUCCUGAAAUGGCAUCUUGGAAACAAGCCCUUAAUAUGCUAUGCAGUACAGUACUUUACAUUUGUUUUAUGGCCCUGAACAGCUUGUUUCCACGUGUCUUCAUUUUUGGUACUGGAAAUUAUCGAUUUUCAGUUGCAACAUUUCAAAAUAUAUUUUCAGUCCAGGGCUACUAAGCUAGCUGGGAAUGAAGGUGUUGAAGUAUUGGAUAGAAUAGUAAAUAGUAAGGCCUGGCCUGGUAUAGACUUUUACAACAACAUGUCUCUACUACCUGAUGGACAGCUCUAAAAUACUUGUAGGUGUGGGUCAGAUGGUGGUUCUCUCCAUUUACUAAAGCUGUCUAUUUCUGUAUCUUCCUCCAUCUCCCCAAGUCCACAGUGCAGGGACACAAUAUUCACAAAACUACAAGUUUGUUUGUAGUUGGUUAUCUUCUUUUUGGCUGCUCAAGUGUAUGAUUUAUCUAUGAGGACAUUUAUAGAGCUGAGAUUAAUCCCUUCAUCAGCAGCAGCUGACUGUGAGUGAGUAUAACUUGAAUCAUCCACCUUCCUCCUGGAAGCUGAAAAAGUCAUGUCAGUCCGAUUGGGAAAGGGGGACUAAGAAGAAAUGAGUCACAACUCAGGCUGAAGGGCAAGAAGCAUAGGACCAGUUGUGUGGGUUUGUGGGUUUUUUAGAGAACUCUGAUCUCAAAAGCCUGGGAAUCUCAGGCCCGUCUAGUGCUACAGUUUUUUGGGACUCCUUCAUAUAUCAUGUGUAUAGAAGACAAAUCACUCAACAUAGAUACGACUGAUGGCUUUUUAAAUUAAAGGCAAUGGCAGUUCUUUCUGUACAAAGAAUACAAAGAGCUGUACUGUGUGUUGUUUCAUUUAUGUGUGACAAUGAACACAUAAACAGGGGUUUUAAAACUUGAAUGUAAAUAUCUCAGUAGAAGGUUUUGCCCUUUUUAGUAAUGUGAAAACACUGUCAAAUAGAAACUAGAAAAGUCUUGCCUGGGAGCAAAAUGGAUUGUCUGGUUUUUGUCAAUGUUGUUUUAUAAAUUAAAGCUAUCUAAAUCCUUCCCGGACAAACUAGUAUUGAAACUUAAUAUUAAAAUUUCACUUCAUAAUGCAGUUUCUUUUCCUCUGGAAUAAGAAAAAUUCCUUGUUCAAUGUCUAAUACAACUUCACAAUUGGCAAAUUUGUCAGUUGCUCUGGAGAACUUGCUUCUUCCCAUUGCUUGUAAGAUUGUGCAGUUUCUUACAUGAGCCCUUAUGUGCAGUAUUGUAACUGAAUUGAUUGAAGGACUUGCUAAUUUUAUGUAAUGUCUGUUCACAUAACCACCUCUGCCCUUUUCCUGCAUGACUGAUAAGAGGAAGAAAAAUGUCAUUGUAUUUAGUGACUUCCAAAAUUUCUGGUAUACUCCUUUGAAAAAAAAAAAGUCCAUGGAAGUGUUUGAUAUUGGCAGGAAAAGAGGUGACAGGUAGUCUUGUUUUAGAGACACUAGUGGCUGCUAUAUUUUUUUCCCCUUGAAUUAUACAAUAUUGCAUAUUGUAUAUUGUAUAAUAUACAAUAUUGCAUAUUGCAUUUUCUUCUAAAACUCCCAUUGCUGUGCUUCCUAAAAGAGUCACAAUGAGGUCAAGAAAACUUCUUUGCCAGAAGAGAUUGAGGUUUCAGUGUUUUCUUUUCAUCUCAAACUUGUGAUGACAAAUUAAAGUUAGCAUAUUUCUGUUUGGCUUCUUCUAGACAGGCAAACACUCCCAGCCAAGUAGAAAUUUGUGAUCAGUCUCACAACAAGUAAUUUACUGUUUUGAUUGAGUUGUUAGGUGCAGCCUCCAAAUACUUGUCCUCUGCUCUUGGCUUAGCUACAAAUCAUGUUCUGUGCCUAUGCUUUGAAGGAAAAUUAAUUGAUGCACAAAGCUCAAGUGCAAUAGAAUUCAUUGCUGCUGUGCUUUACUUGGAGUAAGUUUUUGCUCGUUGACAUUUCAGGCUGCAGAAUGAGCCAGAAAAAGGUAUACUUCGUUUCUCCUCCUUACACUGAGCUCUAAAUUGUUUCCUGUUUUGUCAAAAAUCACAAGAUGGGGAGUAAUUAUGUUCGGAGUAAUUACGGCCAUGUUUUUCAUUUACCUAGGGAAGGUUAGAGAGAGAUCGCCUGCCUUGUGUUUUCCAUCCCGGUUUGUAACACUGCGUGGCGCCCUUGUUCAGAUAACAGUGCUUUUCAUUUACUUGCUUUCUUUAAACUUGAGACGUGUAAAGGCUGUCCAAAAUAGGAAGUAUUCCUAAAUGAACUAAUUGGGAAGAAUCUCAAGCUUUAUUAAGGUACUCCAGUCUUUAAAUUCAAGUUAGCUCGUACGGAUGGACAUUUUGGAAUGGAUGUUUGCUUGAUACCUGUGCUUAAGCUUUUGAUUGAGCAGGUAUGGACUGUUUUCUUUUGUCAUGCAUGUAAAUUGUGCUCUGUGUGGAAACAUCCCUUUCCAAAUAACUUAAGAGAAAUGGCAGUUACAGGAUAUUGCAGUUUUUCCUAAGUAUUUCAAUGCAGAAGUUAAUAUCUCAGUGAUUUUAGAUGUUUGGUACAGACUGAAGGAAGAGUCCAAGUGAGUAGAGGGAUGGUUAACAGGGAUAUUCUGCUAGUAUGUCUGAGUUCUUUGCUCACUCACAUCAAUCUGAUCCCAGCUUCUCUAAGGGGUGUGUGUGAAGGGAAGAACUGUUCCAUAUACCUGAGGAAGUGGCACAGCACAAUCAGCACAGGACAAGUUCUUCGGAACGUGCUUCUCUUACGUUACUUUUCAUGUAUUGGUAGUGAAUUUCACUUGUAGAUUACUAUGAAUUCCCUAUUGUGAAGUCUCUUUUCAGUCUGCUUUCCUUUGAACUGCUUUGACUAGUACUGGUCAUUGCAUUUUUGCUCUCUUUUCCAGAGCUUUUAAGUUUAAUAGCACAGACUGUGGGGGAAGGCAUAGCCGUCUGCUGCUGUUACAAAAACUGCUCGUGGCUAAAUCAUGUUGCUUUCCUACUCUCUCACUUUUUGGUGUAUCCUGUUAAGAGUUCACAAAAUCACUGGAAUACUCGGAGUUGGAAGGGACCCACAAGGAUCAUCAAGUCCAACUCUUCGGUUGAGGGUGAAGCUCUCUGGUCUCACAACCAGCAAAUAACAGAAGCAGCAUAAGAAAAAAAAAACACUGUAAAACAACAACAACAAAAAAAACCCAGGAUAGACAUAGAGGAAGUGUACUACAAUUAAAUUUAUUUGUUCUUAUUUACUAUUUCACUCUCCAGGUAACCAUUUCUGACAAGUCUUAAAAUUUGAGAUUAUUACAAUCUGCAGACUGGGAGCCACCAAGUGUUUAGAGGCUACAAGUCAGCCAAUUAGUACUAUCAUGCCUCAGUAUGAGGUAGUAGCUUCAGUUUCCUGCUUUGAAAAGAAGACCAGUGAAAAAGUUAGUGGUUUUUUGCUGGUACAUAACUUGAGUCAGCUAUGAUAGAAUAACACAACCUGAGCUUUAUAUGCUUAGUGUUUCAAACCAGGCUAAGGCCUAGCAAAUUAAAGCUAUUGUACUGAUUUGAAUAUAAGGCUGUAUGUAGUGUGCUAUGAGGCACUUUUUCCCCCCAAAACUAUGUACUGGAAAAAUCUGCCCUGGAUGUUAUUUUUCUAGUUAUGAUUGUACCUUAUGGCUGCUUCUAGGGCCCUUAGCUCCUCCCUUAUGAAAAGAAUUGUUCCUUGGUGGCAGCCUUGGACCUUGCUGGAGAGCUGUGCCCAGCAGUGGCUGCAGCUAUAACAGACCUUCUGUUGGGGCUGCAGGAUAAGCCAUUGGCAACUCUAUAUUUUUGAUGGGAGGCUUGCUUAAUUUUAGCUCCCUGGCCAACUGAAACCUGAAUACCAAACACUGUGGUUGGUUUUCUUUUUUGUGGUCUCUGUUUGUUUGUUUGUUUUGACGAACAGGCACUGCCUGUCUGGCGACCAGUUUCUUGGAAAAGGAGGACUGUCUGAGCAAGCUGGGAGGUGAAACUAUGCUCAGAAGGUCAGGCUGUUUGUAGUACUAUAUACAGGAUUGAUCUAUGGGGUUGUGAGUGGGCAGCACAUAUGUGACACAGGGAAGGGAGCAAGGUUUGAGGAUGGCUACACUGUUGUAUGUAACAUAGGAGGGUGAAUGGACUGUGGAGCUCUAGAAGGUGGCUAAAUAUUUAAAUAUGCUGACUUAACUAUUUUUGGUUUGUUCUGCUGUCACUUAAAAAGGAAUGCUUUAAAUUUCAGCCAAGGUAGCAUGAUUGGAAAGCAGUUUUUAUAUUUACAUUUAUUCCAGAUCUUCUCUUUCAUGUUUAGCUUUUUAUUAACCAGUGCUUUUAAAAAGAAAAUGCUGGGAUGGCAUUUUUGGUUAAAAUGGGAUAGAUUGGCACACUUUGAUGUGAAGCAAUGUCCCAUGAAGUUCCAUGGCAGUGGGUGUUUAUCUGCUCUGUGUAUAUAGCAACAGCAUAUUCCUGAUUGUGGGAACAGAUAUGCACACAUCUUCAUGCUUGUAUAUACACUGCAUUUAUGGCCUUAGGUAACUUCCCACUACUUUUAACAAAAUCCAGGAUGUGAUUUGUGUGUAUGUGGCUGUUGGUCAAAUCUGAAAGUCUGUUAAAGUCCAUUGGAUUAUGCAGAGGGCAAAAUAGCCCAUAAAACAGAGGACAAAACAAGCAUUAUGAUCCAGAAAAAGCAUGUGGAAGAAAGUCUUCUUAGCUUUAUUCUGCUUUGAGUAAUAAAUUUUACUUCCAUGUCACUACAGCUGUUAAAUCACCUUUUUCCCCAGCUUUGCCAUUCUCAUCCUCAGAGCUGAAAAAGAAAAACCAAAGUCAUUACAUUUUAAGACUUUCUUUCUAUUUCUGAAGGAAAAAGAAGAAAAUCUCCCAAUUUAGAAAAAAAAAAUACACAUACCUCCAGUGGUUAAUCCAGCAGAAUAAGCAUUGUUUUAAUAUUAUAGAAAGAAAUCAGUAGAAGGUGUUAGUUCUGGUAAUUUUGCAAUAAAGCAAGUAUAUUAAGCAAUUACUCCAUUAUCGCUAUUUGAAAAUUAGUGCAGCUAUCUUCUGUUUGUCUGUUACCUUCACUAACACAUUGAACACAAAUGGUAUUGUCCUUGGCUGAAUGCUGACAGAUUAAAAGGAUGCAUGAAUAAUUAAACAAACUCUUUGUUUAAACUAAACUCCUCAGUGGGAGCUGUAACUGUGUGGAAGCUUUUUCCUUUUCUCUUGAUGUUCAUAGAAAACUGUCUUUUCUCCUGGUGUUGAGUCAGAGUGGAGGUUAGUCAUAUUCCUGAUUCCAUCUGAUGGAGUAACAGUAUCUGUAUAAACAUUAGCAUGGCUACUGCCUGCAACUGGGUAUAAUGUGGGUUACUUUGAAAGUGGCAGCGCAGGGCAAAUGAUUUAAGGUUAUUUUUAGAACAGCAAUAUAAUGCCGUUGUUUGAUAUGUAAGAGCCUCCCCCCCCAGCACACAGUUGAGCUGAGAAUGCAGUGGGAAUAAUCUCCAGUCCUCUGACCUGUUAGUUUGAAGAGUCACCCAAAAUAGCCUGUCUCGUUCCUUCAUCCUGCAUAUGUCUCUGUACUGAGACAGGGGGUCAAAGCAGCUGUUUGCUUGAUUUAUACAUGUCAGCAAAUGUCCAGCUUGAGUUAUGUUUUGAAUGCUGAAGUUGUUGCAAAUUGUAGAGGCAUCUGAGUGUAACUUUAUAUCAUAGGGCCAGUGAUGUUAACCUUAGCUCUUACAAAGGCCCUGUAAGACUGUGUACUGCUUGCAGGCUGAGGAAUUCUAAGGGAUUCAAGUCCUGGUCCUGGUCCGUUUUUGUCUUACUCUAUAUAUUACAGACGUAGAUGGCAUGCAUGAGUCUUCAUUAAAAAGGAUUUUUGUAUGUUACUUUCUUCAAUGCAAAUGAAGCCGUCUCCAUUGUGUUGUUUGAAGGUUGCAAAGGUUCCAGUGGUAAGGAAACAGAAUAGCUCAUCUAGACUGCCAAGAGCCUUGGGCCUUUGUGCCCAUGAGAGCCUGUUCCACACUGUCAGUAGGUUUUGCUGCUUAUUCAGCUUUUGUUUUCCAUUUCCUUAUUCAUUUUACUCUGUCUAGCCUUUGUUCCCCCCAAGGACUCUUUAUUUCCCUAAUGAGUAUUGAAUCUUCAAAACAUUUGCACUUGAAUUAAUUUGCCUGAAAUUUAAAGAAGAAAAUAAGCUCUACUAAUGCAAAACACUGGUGUCCUAAUUAUAGCAUUGUCAUCCUUCUCUCUGUAUGGUUUUUCUGAGGGCACAUACUUUGAGAUAUUGGUCCCCCACCAAGCUUAGGGGGAAAGGAAAAUUGUUCCUAUAUGGAAAGAGGUAUGUCCUACAUCUUUGUAAGUUUGGGGGCAUGCCAAAAGCUCCUGAUUUAGUCUGAUAUUUCUCUAUACAGUUUGGCACAUGGAACAAUUUCUCUACCUCCUAGUUGUCCUUGGCCAUCCCUAAUGUUUUCAGUAACUUGCUCUAAAGGUUCAUUUCUUUCCCAAAGCAAGAUUGUUACAUAAGGGACCGUCUUCCUUGUGUGUCCUGUGCUUCCUUGCUUUCCAUUCUCUUUCAGAGAGUUCUCAGUGCUUGUUUGAUGCUUAAAUGCUGCAUUUGCCUCCCAAAGCUCUAAUUUCAGAGAGGUUUUUUUUUUCUGUUGUACAGUUUGUUGUUUUAGUAAUGAGUGAUGAGUUACCAAAAAUAAUUUUGACUUCUCUCUUUUCACUGGUGAUGUUUAGGGUGAACCUGCUAGGCUGGACAUCAGCUUUGAAAACAAUUCAUUUCUCUAAGAAACAGCUCUGUGUAAUACAUUGUUUUAGACUGAGAGGCUUUCCUGGUUUUGUUUCCCUUUUAGAAGUCUCAGUAGGAUUAUGG